CUGGGGGAGAUGGGAGGACGGUACAGUGGGGGAAGUCCCGGACAGCCAAUCACAGGACAACUUUCACGAGCUGGUGAAAGUGCUGGCUAGGCAGGAUGUGCCGCUCCAGGCUCUGACCCUCUCGCUGCCAGCAGCAGUAAUCACCAACCCGGGAGGCGGCAGCAGCAGCAGCAGGUUCCAAUGUGAUCGCAUCAAGUUAGUGCGUGAAGCUUGGUUGUACACCAUGUCAUCAUGCGUGUCCAAGAGGGCUUCUUCUGAGAGGGCCAUCCUGCAAGAUGACCAUGAAACAACAAGUCAGCCUCACAUUGUCUGUAGCUUCUCGGCGCUGAGUUUAGACAUUGGAAUGGAAUCGCUUAUCGUGGUCACAGAAUAUGAAUCUAGUAUUUCUGAGAGAGAGCAUGGCCAGAAUGGGCAGAAAGGACAUCAAGAAGGAGACUUCCAAGAGAACUGUAAUGAAGUACCAGAUUUUCAUAGACUUACUGAAAGCGGGUUUAUAACAGAGAAUACUGAAGGGCUUCCAAAGGAUGAUAAGGAUCAGAGGGGCAAACUCAACAUGUCCAAUAGAAAACUUUCACUUCAGGAACGUUCCCCCUCUGCUCAGUCUCCAAACGAUAACUUAGCCAUGAAUGGGCGAUAUAUUUACCCAUCUCUUCCAUAUUCUCCUGUGACUUCUCCACAGUCUUCUCCACGUUUGCCACGGAGACCAACAAUAGAGUCUCACAGAGUUUCCAUUACGGGUUUCCAGGACUGUGUCCAGCUCAAUCAGUACAGGCUUAAAGAUGAAAUUGGCAAGGGCUCAUAUGGAGUGGUGAAACUGGCGUACAACGAGGAUGAUAAUACGUACUAUGCAAUGAAGGUUCUUUCAAAAAAGAAGUUAAUGAGACAAGCUGGAUUUCCACGUCGCCCCCCACCCAGAGGUGCAAAAGCAGCGACAGAUGGAAGUUCUCAGGCUAAGGGGCCGAUUGAGAGAGUCUAUCAGGAAAUUGCUAUUCUGAAAAAGUUGGACCAUCCCAAUAUUGUCAAGCUGGUUGAGGUGCUGGAUGACCCCAGUGAGGACCAUCUAUAUAUGGUAUUUGAAUUGGUUAAGCGAGGGGCAGUGAUGGAUAUACCCACUACUAAGCCAUUAACAGAAGACCAGGCACGUUUUUACUUCCAGGAUCUGAUAAAAGGAAUUGAGUACUUGCAUUAUCAGAGGAUUAUACAUCGUGAUAUCAAACCUUCCAAUCUCUUAGUGGGAGAAGAUGGCCAUAUUAAGAUUGCAGAUUUCGGUGUCAGUAACCAGUUUGAAGGAACAGAUGCUCUUUUGUCUAACACAGUGGGAACACCAGCGUUCAUGGCUCCUGAGACCCUCUUGGAGACGAGCAGGAUAUUUUCAGGAAAGGCUCUUGAUGUUUGGGCAAUGGGAGUCACCCUGUACUGUUUUGUGUUUGGUCAGUGUCCUUUCAUGGAUGAGAGGAUUUUAUCACUUCACGGCAAAAUAAAGAAUCAGCCCCUGGAGUUACCAGACCAGCCAGAGAUAUCAGAGGACCUAAAGGAUCUAGUUCUGAGGAUGUUGGACAAGAACCCAGAAUCUAGAAUUUCAGUUCCUGAUAUAAAGCUGCAUCCAUGGGUCACUAAACAUGGCGCAGAACCUCUUCCAAGUGAGGAUGAGAACUGCACCUUGAUAGAAGUGACUGAGGAAGAGGUGGAGAAUUCAGUGAAGCACAUUCCAAGCUUGGCUACAGUGAUCUUGGUGAAGACCAUGCUUCGGAAGCGCUCUUUUGGAAAUCCAUUUGAAUGGAGCAGAAAAGAGGAACGGUCUAUGUCCUCUCCUGGAAAUCUACAGGCAAAUAAAAAGUCAGGGAAUAUAUCAGCAAAAGGAUACAAGGCAGCGACGAAAGUCUGAGAGAGAGCGACUUGCAGGAGUUGGGCGGGGACGAGGUUCUUUCAUGAGUGUAUUUGGCCAGAGAUGUCAUGGCUUGGGUACAUCAUCUAUGACUAGGAUGUGUGUAGAUGAAUACCCCAUGUGUAAACUAAACAGUGCAUGCUACUUGCUCAAAGAACACCUUAUGUUGCUGCAUGCGCUAAAGACCUUGUCCUGCCUUGGGUUGUUAAGUCGUAAAAUGUGAUUGAUUUUGUAAUGGGCUCACUCUUUCAGAGGACUUCUGGGGACCUAUCCAGAGAAGGUGCUUGUUUUGUACAAUGCAAAAAAAAGAAACUAAAAAUCAAUUUAAGUGA